CUGGCUUCCAACGCUGGCUACGUCUGGUGGCAGUUGUCUUAGUUGUUCUUCCCAGGACCAGUCCACAGUUGUGUGUCAUAGCAGAGAUGGAGGCUGACCUGUCUAGCUUUAACAUUGAUGCCCCCCGUUGGGACCAGUGCACUUUCCUGGGUCGAGUGAAACACUUCUUCAACAUCACGGACCCCCGUACCGUGUUUGUAGCAGAACAGGAGCUGGACUGGGCCAAGGCAAUGGUUGAGAAGAGCAGGAUGGGAGUCGUGCCCCCAGGCACCCAAGUGGAACAGCUGCUAUAUGCCAAGAAGCUGUAUGACUCAGCCUUCCACCCUGACACGGGGGAGAAGAUGAAUGUCAUUGGGCGCAUGUCCUUCCAGGUCCCUGGUGGCAUGAUCAUCACAGGCUUCAUGCUCCAGUUCUACAGGACAAUGCCAGCAGUGAUCUUCUGGCAGUGGGUGAACCAGUCCUUCAAUGCCUUAGUCAACUACACCAACAGGAAUGCGGCCUCUCCCACAUCACUCAGGCAGAUGGCCCUUUCCUACGUCACGGCCACAACCACUGCUGUGGCCACGGCUGUGGGCAUGAACAUGUUGACAAAGAGAGCUCCACCCCUGGUGGGCCGCUGGGUGCCCUUUGCUGCUGUGGCUGCAGCUAACUGUGUCAACAUCCCAAUGAUGCGACAGCAGGAAAUCAUCCAGGGCAUCUGCGUGAAGGACAGAAAUCACAGUGAGAUUGGUCAUUCCCGGAGAGCUGCGGCCAUAGGCAUCACCCAAGUGGUUAUAUCUCGAAUCACCAUGGCAGCUCCUGGCAUGAUCUUACUGCCAGUAAUCAUGGAGAGGCUGGAGAAGCUGCACUUCAUGCAGAAAGUCAAGGCCCUGCAUGCCCCAUUGCAGGUCAUGCUGUCGGGGUGCUUUCUCAUCUUCAUGGUGCCAGUGGCAUGUGGGCUCUUCCCACAGAGAUGGUAUCAGCUGUUUGUUCCUAACUUUGUUUCAUUGAACACCCUGCCUCUGCUCUCCCUGACCUGCCUCCUCUCCAGAAGGAAAGAGGGAGGAGGCAGGAAGGGCAGCAUUUGUCCAAGGACAAGUGUCCAUCAAGCUAAACUCUGGGCCUCUUAACCCUGGGUGAAUGGCAAACCAAAACCAAGGGGUGGGAGAAGCCAGGAGCAGGAAAGAGGCUGCUUCCUCCUAGUAGAGCAAGAGCUGCCUCAGAGAGAAGGUGAGGUAACAAGUUGACUGGAUUAUUAGGAGGCUCUCCCCUGGCUGGAUCUGGUUUUUAAAACUGAAUUAAGGGGUCAGGUACUUCUGGCUCAUAUUUGCCAGAGGGUUGACUACUUGGACAUCUCCAUUUCCAAAGGGGAUGUUCAGGGAGAAGGGAUGGUGGAAAGGAGAAGGGACACAUGUUGGAGUUGGGGGGAUGGUGGGAUAUUGGCCCCAGGAGAUAGGUGUAGCUUGAGUUUAUAUUGAGAAGGUGCCAGUCUCCCCUUCCUUGGUAUUCUGGUUCCAUACUAGUUCAGUGGUCAUCUGCUAGACAUCUCCUGUGUCCCUGUGCUUACAAUAUUGUGGAGAAGACAGAAGUUGGAACCAAGAAUCUUAGCCCAAGGAGAAUGAAGUCAGGCCUGAGUAACAUAGACUACAGAGGCUAAAAAUGAUUCUGGCUGAAAAAAAUCAGGAAGAACUUCUUGGAGGUGGCAUUUAAGUUGGAUAGUGUCUGAGAGUAAUUUGCUGCUUGUCCCACAUGGCAUACUUUAACCCCCUUCUGUCUUUUCAGUGAAUUGUCAGUUUUCUACCUGGAACCAGAGCUCCAAGAUACUAUCAAGGCCAAGUAUGGAGA